ACGCAGAGAUCCCCCCAGGAUGAUGAGAAAACUACUUUUACUUUUCCUAAUCUGCUCAUUCAAAAUAUGGGCGGAAAAUACAAGGGCAUCAAAAUUCGCAAACUCCAAGCGAAAGCGAAAUGGAAACGCAAUGCAAGAAAAUAAAUUGAACAAUGACGACAUGGACCAGUACAGCUUCCUGUCUUUGAGGACACCGAACGAGGAAAAGGCUGCCAACGAAAAUGACGCCAACAACGCGAAAAAUGAAAAACCAAGCGAGGAAAAAAGCAACGGUAAUGAAAAGAAGAAUGAAGAGAAUAGCAAUGCAAAUGAAAAAAAAACCGAAGAAAACAACGCAAAUGAGCAAAAGAAUGACCAAAGUAACAGUCAAAGCAACAGCCAAAGUAACAGCCAAAGUAAUAACCAAAGCAAUAACCAAAGUAAUGACCAAAGUAACGCCCAAAGUAAUGACCAAAGUAACGCCCAGAAUAAUACCCAAAGUAAUAACCCCCCAAAAAAUGAACCCGUACCAGUAGAAAAAAAAAUUAAUAAAGAGAACUUGUUAGAAUAUGGGACCCAUGACAAAGAUGGCCAUUUUAUUCCUUCCUAUAAAACACUGACAAAUGAAAUUCUGUCCACAAAUAAUUCACUGGAAAAAGCGUCAAGCUUCCUCAAAAUCGCCUGCUCACAUAUUAUGAAAAUUCUGGAAUUCAUCCCCGAGAGUAAAUUGUCGUCUCAGUACAUAAAGGUGGAAUCGAAAAACGUGUACAUAAAGGACAUCACUUCGGAAUGCCAAAAUAUAUUUUUUUCGCUCGAAAAAUUAACCAUGACAAUGAUUGUCCUAAAUUCGAAGAUGAACAAAUUGAUCUACGUCCAGGAUAAAUAG